AUGGCUAUCGGACUAAAAUCUCUGCUGGGCGGCGCCAAGAAGCUGGCGAUCGGCGACGCGGCGUCGACGGGAGCCGCUGGCCCCGCCGACAUCUCGGAGCUCUUUCCAAAGGUUGACCCGGCGGUCGAUGGUGAGGACUGCGACCGCGACUGCGACAGCUGCGUUGUGAAAUACCCCAAGGGCUUCAAGAUCGACGAGGGGGAUGUGCUAUACGGCUUCGUCAAGGGCUGGAGCACGCACGUGCUGGUCGCGACCGGCAAGACCGACUGGGUCCGCGACGUGACCGACGAGAAGGGCAGUGUGAUGCAGGCGAUUGGAAACGCCAAAGGCCCGGCCAACGGGCGAAUGAUGCUUUCAGCAUCCAACAUCCCCACGCCGCACCAUACCUCCGACUACUCCGAGCCGACGACGGUCCUCCUCCUGCCCGCGUUCAUCAUCGUCGAGAACGUCACCCCGGCGACGGUGCCGACCCUCAUAACGGAGGUGAUCGACCGCGCCCCGACCAACACGACCCCGCUAGCCCCGCUCUCGAUACCGCGGACCCUCCCGGCCCCGUCCCUGCCCGAGCCGAUGCCCGCGGCCCUGGCCAGGGGCCUCGCGACGCGCGCCUGCCCGCACGCCGCCCUGGUCCUGCUGUGCAGCCAGCGGACGCGCGACGCGCGCUGCGGCCAGAGCGCUCCGCUGCUGCGCCGCGAGCUGGAGCGCCACCUCCGGCCGCUGGGCCUGUUCCGCGACCUCGACGACGAGCGGCCCGGCGGCGUGGGCAUCUACUUCAUCAGCCACGUCGGCGGCCACAAGUACAGCGCAAACGUCAUGGUGUACCGCCGGCCCGACGCGUUCGGGGUCGACGCCGUCGGGCGGCGCGCGAAGGGGGGCGGGGGGGAGGCGGAGGCGGUGGAGCCGAGGGGGGCCGGCGCCGGCGGCGACGGGGGUGCAGGUGGGGAGGAGGAUGAUGCUGACGUCGGCGCGGCGCAGUGUAUCUGGCUGGCGCGGGUGCGGCCCGAGGACUGUGAGGGGCUCGUCAAGUUCACCAUCCUGCAGGGGAAGGUCAUCAAGCCGGAGACGCAGCUCAGGGGUGGGUUCGACAGAUCAAGGGGUUUGAUGAGCUGGUGA